AUGGCGAUGGGCGGCGGUGGCGGCGGCAGCGGUGUUCCUGAGGCGGAGGACUCGGUGCUGUUCCGGCGCGGUGCAGGCCAGAGUGAUGAUUCGGACAUUUGGGAUGAUACAGCGUUGAUAAAAGCUUAUGAUAAAGCUGUGGCUUCAUUUAAGCACGCUCUAAAGAAUGGUGACAUUUCCGAAGCUUCAGAUAAACCAAAAGCCACACCUAAAAGAAAACCUCCUAAGAAGAAUAAAAGCCAAAAAAAGAAUACCACAGCCUCCUUGAAGCAGUGGAAGGUUGGUGACAGAUGUUCUGCCAUUUGGUCGGAAGAUGGCUGCAUUUACCCAGCUACCAUUGCUUCGAUUGAUUUUAAGAGAGAAACCUGUAUUGUGGUUUACACUGGAUAUGGAAAUAGAGAAGAGCAAAAUCUGUCUGAUUUACUUUCCCCCACCUCUGAAGUAGCUAAUAAUAUAGAAGAGAAUGCUCAGGAGAAUGAAAAUGAAAGUCAAAUUUCCACAGAUGAAAGUGAGAGCUCCUCCAGGUCUCCUGGAAAUAAGCCAAAUAACAUCAAGUCAAAAGCUGCUCCAUGGAACUCUUUUCUCCCUCCACCACCCCCUAUGCCAGGAGCAGGUCUUGGACCAAGAAAGCCAGGUCUAAAAUUCAACGGCCCACCACCACCACCACCGCCGCCGCCACACUUCCUGUCAUGCUGGCUGCCUCCGUUUCCUUCUGGACCACCAAUAAUUCCCCCCCCACCUCCUAUAUGUCCAGAUUCUCUGGAUGAUGCUGAUGCUUUGGGAAGUAUGUUAAUCUCUUGGUACAUGAGUGGCUAUCAUACUGGUUACUAUAUGGGUUUCAAACAAAAUCAAAAAGAAGGAAGAUGCUCACAUUUCAAUUAAGGAGUAAAUCAUACGGUGUUCUGUAAUAGGUGCAGUUCUCUCCCAAGGAGAAUGGUAUUUUGAUGUGCCCUGGUCGAUAUGAACGCAAGUUUCAUCAUUUUCUUCAUGAACACUCGGAUGGGUGCCUGUCAUCUUUAUAUGCCCCUCGUUGCAUGUGACUCUUGCUUAAAUAACCAGUUAAAUGUUUUGAGGGAAUAAUCAGUUUGAAUAACUGAACAAUGGAAAUAUGAGUAAUUAAAAGAAACUCAAGGUCACAUACAGUACAGAAAGUGAAUCUGUCAAAAUUGAGGCUUAGCAUAUUUGUAUAUUUGUAACUUUCUUAGUCUGUUAAGCUUUUAUUAAUGCCUUUAAAAUAAAUGAUAAUUUUUUUAACAUUGA